AAACAACCCGUCUGCACAAGUAGGCCUGGAAAAGGCCUGCGCCAUUACGAAAAAACGGCCUUCAUGAAGAAGGGCAUCGAGGAAGCGCUCCGAUUGCGCGAAGUGUAUCGAGUUGAUCCGUUCAAGACCGGUUACGGCCAUGCCAAACAAUCCGCUACCAUCAAUCUCAACGCCGUCCGGCUCUGCUUCCAAGAGUUUUUGGAGGGUCAACAGCGGGGAUUUGAUGAUCUGCUAGCUAGAUGUUCCGGUGGUCGGUGGCAAGGAGAUUAUUCUGCUGUGCGAGAAGGUUGCCAAGGAGGACAUCUCCGUACGGUUCUACAAGGAGCAGCACGGUCAGAUCGUUUGAAAAGAUGUCGGCGAAUCCCAGCACACCAACGUGCUCAAAUAUGUGGCAGUUUGUUUCCGGACCCCGUGUUUCCGUUAUGAUGAGUUAAGAAGUAGAAUUUGUUUUAUUUUAAAUUUAAAAUGAAGUUUUCGCUCUUCAGGUCAACAUCCAGAUUAGGGCGCCUUUCGAUGGUGCUAAAAGUGAACCAUCUUCAACACCUCCGAUAGAGAUACACUGAUUAAAUGUGAUA